ACCCUUCCCUCUCACCGCCUCCACUACCUGCCUUGGAAACUGAAGUAGAUCGCCGGGGAGGAAGACUGUUGAGUAUUGUGAAAGCGAGAGGAGGAGAAAAUGAUGGUGGGAGGGGAAACUGGUCGUCACCGAGAUCUGUUGGCGCGCGUUCCGCCUUGGUCUUCGCACUUGGAAGAUCCGAUCGGCUAUUGCCGUGCCGCCUGUGGUGUCGGGGUUUACUCGCUCGGCGACUCCGCCGCCCUCGCUGCGUCGCUGCAGAGGUACUUGCCUUGCAACGGCGACUUGAUCGAGGAGGAGGAGGAAGAGGGGGAGGCGGAGGAUGAACCUUACCGCGACGUGGACUUGUACUCGUCUGACGAGUUCCGGAUGUAUGAUUUUAAGGUCCGGCGGUGCGUGCGCCGCCGCUCCCACGACUGGACAGAGUGCCCCUUUGCGCAUCCGGGAGAGAAGGCGCGCCGCCGUGAUCCCCGGAAGUACCACUACUCCGGGACGUCCUGUCCCGAGUUCCGCAAGGGCGGAUGCAAGCGCGGCGACGCCUGUGAGUUCGCGCACGGGGUGUUUGAGUGCUGGCUCCAUCCCGCGCGCUACCGCACCCAGCCGUGCAAAGACGGCACCGCCUGUCGCCGCCGCGUCUGCUUCUUCGCUCAUACCGCGGAUCAGCUCCGCGUCCUCUCGCAGCAGCAGCAGCAGCAGAUGACGCCGACGAAGCCGGCCAGCGUAGGCAUCGAGUCGUAUGAUGGCUCUCCGCUGCGCCAAAUUGCGGUGGAAAACUACAUAACCAACCAACGCCUCUCGUCUUCACCGACCUCGACGCUAAUGUCUUCUCCUCUCUCCGCGCCGUCAGAUUCCCCUCCGGCCUCGCCAAACACGGCCGCGUUCCUGAGGGCGUCGUGGCCACCCGGCACAUCCAUCAACGACGUCGUGGCUUCUCUGCGCCAGUUGCAGAUCAGCAAGGCGAACUCUCUACCCAGCUCCUGGGGACUACAAACAGGUAACGGCCGUUUCUUCAGCUCUCCCAGAGGCAAAUCCGGGUUCAGCAGUCUGCCGACGACUCCCACCGCCUUGACCAGCGAAAUGGGGUGGUUCGACGGCGCGGAUGCGACCUACCCGAACGCGGAAGAGCCAGCGGAGAGGGUGGAGUCCGGGAGAGCUCUGAGGGCCAAGAUAUUCGAGAAGCUAAGCAAGGAGUGCGUGGUGGAUAGAUCCGGCCCCGCUUCCCCGGCGGCAGCAGCAACGCCGAACGUCGAUUGGGUUUCCGAAUUAGUCAAAUAAACAAACAAACAAUCCCAAAUUCAAAAAACAGGGCUCCGUGUAAAUACCGAACUCACAAAGCUCGUCGUUAUGUUCAGUAGACGCGUGUGUAAACCUGUGCAUAGCAAAUGGCAAGCAGCAGGAAGAGCAGGUAGGGAUUUGUUUGGGGGGAUUUUGGGGGCAAGAAGACCGCUUCAGAUUUGCAUUUGUUAA